CUCCUUUUCCCCUAAUAAUCCAUCGGCCAUCGCCACUCCGGCAUCGGCAUCACCCACCACCGUAUCAUCGGCUCCUCCAAAGCAAAAUGCCCCUCCUGCUCCGACGCCUCGCCGCCGUCGUCCCGGCGUCCCUGCGCCGCUCCCUCUGCACGGCGGCCUCGCCCUCGCCCUCUCACCCUCCGUGGACCAUGCUCUACAACAGGCCGGCGCUGAACGAGUCAGGGGCGCCGCCGCCGCCACCGGGCGCGCGCGCGUCCCUCGACCACUUCAAAGCCUCGUUGGUCACGCAGCUCUCCGUCCCUGCCCACCUCAUCGACCCUGACGGGGACGCCACGGGCUUCCUCGGCGGCACCGUCCGCGCCGCGAGCUCCGACGGCCUUCUCCUCCUCGACUUCGACGACGCCCGCCAGUUCCGCCACAGCUGGCUACACGAGUUCUACGCGGCCGGCGGCCCCGUCGAGCCGGACGCGUCGCGCUUCGUCUGCAACCCUCUCAGCGGCCAGCUGUUCCGCCUCCCUGCCCCGGGCAUGGCCGUCGCAAAGAUGGGCACGCCCUUCGGCCUGCUCACCGACUCCUCCGACGGCUCCCACGGCCCGCCUGAUAGAUACGUGGUCGCUCAGCUCUGCCGCGGCGGGUGCGGUGAACUGGGGAGCCGCAGAGUCGUGCGCCGCUUCCUGUCGGAAACAGGGGCGUGGGACGAGCAGGAGCUGGUCGGGCCGUCCACUGUCCCGGCUGGGCGGAAAAUGUGCAUCGACCUGAAGCACGAGGUGGUGGCCUUCGGCGGCCGGCUUUGGUGGGCCGACGUGAGAUGGGGCGUCUGCUCCGUCGACCCGUUCAGCGACCAGCCGGAGCACCGUUUCGUCGAGCUGCCCCACGACAGCGUGCUGCCUGACCUGGCUGGCAUGGUGGGGACCUCGACGCUGGGAAGGUACCGGCGUGUGGGGGUCAGUGAGGGGAAGCUGCGCUACGUCGAGGUGUCCAACACCAGGAAUCCGUUCGUGGUCAGCUCGUUUUCGCUCGACGAAGAGGGCCGCUGCUGGACGCUGGAUUACAAGAUAAAAGCUACCUCAAUCUUGCCCCAAGGUUUCGAAGGGCUGGAACACAACAUACCAUGUACUGCUGCUAUCGAUCCAUUCAAUGCCAACUUUGUGUACCUCAACUAUGGCCCUCGCAUUGUUCUUGUUCUGGACAUGGCUAAGGGGAAAAACUUGGGAGGGUUUUUUCUUCCAGAAAGAAUCGGCUGUCAAACCUUGUGCCCCUCUGGUUUCCUUGUGCCCUGCAUGCUCCCGACAUGGCUUGAAUCAAGCCAUAUCCCUUGCGCAGGAUCCCUUUCGAGCAAGAAGACGAGUUGCAAAAGGAACACUUUGGCAGGCAUGCUGGUUCGUGCAGACAGAGAUCAGAAAAAAUGAAGUGUGCCAGCUAACUUAUCUGUGGUUUCUUAAGAUUGACCAACAAGUUGGUUGAUGGUGGCACUGAAAGAUAGGAACUCCAUUUUGAAGAAAUUCUGGGACAAUUUUGGGCCUGUUCCAUUUGCUGAUAUGCUCCCUGAACCUUUCUUUUGGCAAAAAAAAAAAAUGCAUGGAUGUUUUUAUAUUUUUUUGGAUUUGACUUAAGUGCUCACCUGCUGAAUAGACUGACAGCAUUUUGUCGUCAAUUAGGAUGGAACAAUCAAAAAAUGCACUUGCAAGAAUCAUGCCCGUCUCCUCUGCAAAAUAUUGUUCCACCUCGUAAUGUUUAGUUCUCAUCAGCCUCGCUUUGCUCAUGAUCCCUUUUUUGAAGUUCGAACCAUCAAAAUCUGGAAACUAUUUGUCAGAUUGUAUCGGUGCAUUGCUUAUCCGCAUGUUGAUUGGGGCAGAGGCAAUCUGAUAUAAGGGGAAAAAAAAUCCUACAUCCAGGUCUGCCUGGGCUGGCCCGGGGCGUAGGACAUUUUUCCUUCUUAUUUUGUUGAUUUGAA